UUUGACAUUCAAUUGUUGAAUGUAAAAAGACUUAUUCAUAUCUCAGUUUUUAUGCGACUAUUGUAGUGAUUCAAGUACUUCAUAUUUAUAUUUUAUUGUUGUUCACUAGACAUCCCCUUUGAUGAGAACGGGACGUUUUCCUGGCCCUAAUAUUCGUCUUCCUAAUGCCUACACCGGCAACUUUUUGUAAAUUGUUGUUUUUGUAAAUUGUUGUUCGGUGUUUUGCAGAGGAAGAAGCUGGGAGGAGACUGUGUCUCUCAUUUUGGUGGGUAUCUGAAGCUGUCUAAAUACGUGAAUUUUAAAGUGGCGUGCAGAGGCGUGACGUCAUAUAUGAACGUGCAAUUUCAAAAAAUCCGUAUUCAUAAUCACUUUUGGCCCUGACUUUUUAAUUUUUUUUUCCACUCAAGCCUUUAUUUUCUGCCAAUUAUGCUUCCAGUUCACUGGACAAUUUUGCAACUCAACCAGAGCCAUGCCAUGACACUAAAUAAAAUUUGAAACUGGUUCAGUAACCUUUCACUGCUGCUCAAAAUGUUGCUCAAAAUUUGAGUUUAUUUUUGCUUUUCAAAAGUUUCAAUGUUCCCAUCGAUUGCAGGUUCUAACAAACCUGGUGCUUCUUCAUCAACACUGAGAUGGCAGAAAUCAACGAGGAGGAUCUCAUAUGUGAAGUUACCUUCUAUUCAGUCAAAAGGGAAACAAGGUCAAAAAGUAACCUCUGUCCCUUCUGAAGAUGAACCCAUACCAUCUGAUCCUGGACCAUCACUUCCUCCGAUUCCAACAAUUACACCGUCAUUGUGCAUUGAUAAUCAAUAUUUUUCAAACUAUAUCAGUGAAAAACCAAAAAUGGACGAUGUUGACUAUUUGAGCAGAGCGUUCAGUUCAUUUGCGAAAAUCCAGGGAAAUCUACAUGCUCAGAGAACAAACUAUUUCGAGAAGCGGGGACUUCUUGAUGCUAUUGAAUUGAACAUUGAGCAGCAGAAUAAUAAAAUCAGUGAGGCUCUUGGAUGCUUGGCUGUUUGCAAUGAAGUAACCGAGAAGUAUCAAUGUGCUCUGGACAAUUCUUUUCAGGUUUUAGUCGAUGAUUUCUCGGAGAAAGCCUUUAAGUUGAGCAGCUUGACAACUCAACUUCACGCAUUACGACAGACUCAUCACGCGAAUCAGCAAGUUCGCAAAAAUGAGGAAUCUCAACUGGAAGAAAUAGCGUGGCGUAUUGAAAGGGAAGAAAAGAGAAUCAAGAAACUCGACGGAAAACUUUGGAAAUUUUAUGAGAAUCGAGAUGGAAAAGGAAAAGAUACAACAAAAGAAAGUGCAUGAAAAUAUAAAUUAAAUCCCAAAAUGGACAUAUAAAAUAAAGAUCAUCUCAAAUUA